CGGUGCGGGGCGGCCAUGGCGGGCCGCGGGAGGCUGGAGACGCUGCUCUACGCGCUCAACGUCCUGCUGCGCAAGCGCCGCUACCAGGCCGCCCUCGCCCUGCUCAAAGGCUUCCGGAACGGAGCGGUCUACGGGGCCAAAAUCAGAGCACCUCACGCCUUGGUGAUGACGUUCCUCUUCAAGAGUGGAAGCCUGCGUGAGAAGCUCAAGGCCAUCGCUCAGGCCACGUACACACACUCCCGGAACCUGGCCUGCUUCGUGUUCACGUACAAGGGGCUGUGCGCCUUGCAGUCUCGGGUGCAGGGGCAGGAGUCCCAGAUGCACUCUUUCCUGGCAGCCUGCGUCGGGGGCUGGCUGGUGUUUGGAGCCAACAACCAUAUCAACAGUCAGAUAAACAUGUACCUCCUGUCACGCGUCCUGUUCGGGUUGUCCCGGCUGGCCGUGGACCAGGGCUACAUCCCGGAGCCCAAGCGCGACCCCUUCCCCCUGUUCGCGGCCGUGGUGUGGGGGCUCGUGCUGUGGCUGUUUGAGCACCACCGGACCACCCUCCAGCCGUCCCUGCAGUCCUCCAUGACCUACCUGUACGACGACAGCAACGUCUGGCACGACCUAUCCGACUUCCUCCUCUAUAACAAGAGCAGCCCUCCCGCAGGGAAGUAAACGCUGCACCCCUCGGCCUCGUCCCCCCCCGGCCCAGACCCCCACCCGAAAAACUGGACCACGGGAAAUUCUUGUCCAAAAAGGGUGACCGCAAAGUUUGCUUGUUUUGUUUCUUGGUACUCACAUGGCAUAACCACAUCCUCUUGUCGGUGUUACGGGCUGCUCCGUGAAUGGCCCUCCCUCCCCCCGGGACUCGGCCUACGCCGUGCAGCCCCGGUGACAACCGUCUCCCGGCCGGGACCUCCCCCCGCCGGUGCCUCGUCCGGACCCGCUCCCGUCUUCGCCACGAGCCGACGUCGUCUCGUCGGUUGUCUCGGGCCCCCGGAGCGUGUUUCCUUGGCCCCCCCGGUUGCCCUGCAGUCGAGCGGCUCCCUCGGGCGGUGUUGCGGGGCGUGGGGGCUUGCCUGGUGGGCAGGAGGGCGGACGCGCCCUCCGCGCAUCGGGCCGACCCCCCCGUCCGCGGAAAAGACCGCCGGGCCCCUCGACGCCGUCCCUCUGGUGCCGGAGAGAGGGGUCAAUGCGUGAGGCCUCUUCAGCGACCGCCUGGGCCCUUCCCUGUGCUCUGACAGCCCGGGGAUGUGGGGACGGGAGAGCGGGAGGGGACACUCGCCGCUUCCUGCCUCGGCUACCCCCGGAGAAACAGAACCGAGCCGCGUGCGGGGCUUCUCGUGGGGCCGGAGCCUAGACGUCUUGGCCGCACCUACCGGCCGGUGACUUCUCAGGAUUCACGUUGGGCCCUUCUACCCCGGGGAACACCCGGGGUGAUUCUUGGGUAGGAAACCUUCCCCGCUGCCAGCACGGCCCUAACAGGCCCUCCCUCGAUUCCCCGGCCAACAGGAGGACCCGGGUUUCCCGGUUCCUUCCCCUGGACCCCUAGCGGGGCGAAAAGGGUGACCCUUGAAGGGACUCCUGUCCCCAGAAAGGGGGAUUAACUCAUGUCAACACCGGGGAAAAGAGAAGGGCUCUCCGCACCCGGCUAAGGGAUUGCUAGUUUUGUGACUCCCUGUUUCCUUCGCAAGUCGUUCCACACUAUCCGAGCAACUGCCCAGGGUUAUCUCCCUUGAUACCCAGAGUAUCUUUUUGGUCUCAACUGCCAAGAGGGUACCGAGGGGUCGGGCCGGCACGUAUGCCUCCGUCAAGGCGGGAUGCGGCUUCGCUUCCCAGCCGCCCACCCCAACAUCAUACACCUCAUCUCUCCCAGAGGUGAAGAUUUAAUCGUGUAGUUGUGAUGUUUGGGUAUUGGUUUAAUGUCGUUAGAAAACAAACUCACCAGGUCUAAUAGCGGAACGGGUAGCAGAAAAAAAUCAAACCAGCUACCCACUAGCCCCUACAGUCCCCUCGAGCCCCUGGUUCUAACGCUAUUUUUGCCAUUUUUCUAGCAGCUCACCUUCUGACGGUGUACCGUGCCUGAUUCUCGCUUGCCUCCCCUCGUUUUCACCAAUCCCCGGCCCAAAGCGGCCUCCCACCUCCAGUCUGCCCGACCACAGCUCAGUCUCUGCCCGUCUUCCCAGCCCUCCUGAAAUUCCACCUCCUGCAGGAAGCCUUUCUCGAAUAAUUCAGGGCACUCUCAUCUCAUCAAUCUACCACCCCUUAGCACUUCAUUUAAUCCUAGUACUUAUCCUCAGUAUAUAAUGGGGAUUUUCGUUUGAAUAUUCAUUUAUUCUGCCAUUUCAUCAUGAUAAGUUUCAACUAUUUCACACCUUCCCUGCUUGUAAAUGGUUUAUGUCUGUCUCCCUUUUCAAGAUUGUGAAGUCUGAGGGCGGGCUGUGUGUCUUGCUUCUGUUGUACUCUCCCAGCCACUCAGCACAGGGUUUUACACUCUGAGUGCUCAGUAAAUACCACUGAUUUAUCGAC